UUAAUUCAAUCAUACUGCUUAACAAACUUUUACAAAUAAACAUAUUAGAGAUCUUGCUCCCCUUGAUUAAAGCCUUAGUUGUAUUCUAAUAUCCUAAUGCAUGCACGUGUAUGUUCCUCAAUAUCCCCUACUCAACAGACAACUCCAUAAAAAGAGAUGAAGAAAAUCGUAAUAAAUUAUGCUUGGAAUCUAGCAAUGGGAAACUUCCAUCCGACCUCAUGCAUAUGGGAUUUGUUUAUCAGCAAGCUCCUGUAUAUAUAUAUACCCAAACCCCCCACAGGGCCACAACCAGACUCGAUAAGAUCAUAAGACAGAAGCAUCUUUAAUAACCCAUCAUCCACUUUGAUUCAAAAAAUGGCACAGUGUUUUCUUCUUUGCUUGAUCUUGGUAAAUACUUUUGUGGCCGUGGCUAGUGAGAAUGCUCAAACCAUGCUCCGGUCUAGUUUAGCUGAUGUCCAACAUCCUCCAGCACCUGCUCCAUACAACAAUGAAAAACCAACCACAGCUGAAGCACCCACAGUAAGGAAACUUGGAAAGCACCAGCCCAAAGUCGUCAAGACCUUUGGCAGUGCACCAGCUUCUAGUCCAUCCCAAGCUCCCCAACCAGAAAAGGACAUGCACCGGAUUGGAGAAAGCCCCUCCACAGGUCAAACUGCGGCUACCGUUGAACGAAACAAUGGAACAAAUGUGAGUGUCAAAGGGCAGACCAUCCACCUACAAAAGCAUCACCGUUCCGUGGACAAGUCUGUUGCCGGGGGUGGUGUGAUCCUUGGAGGUCUUGCCACAACUUUCCUGGUGGCAGUUAUCUGCUAUAUAAGAGCAACUGGAAGACACAAAUCAGAGACUCAUCAAAGUACUACUGAAACCACGAAUUGAAUUGUAUGUAUAGAAAUAGAUGGUAUUUUAAAUGCCGCCACCUGUUUAAAAAUGUAAAGAAAAUCAAUUGCAAGUUAUUUACAUAUGUGCAGAGAAUCAACUUUAUCUUUCACUGAAACUGGAGGCUGUUGGCUUCUUGCUGAUCACAGGCGUGUAUGACAAAGGGGCUUGCUCGCAUUAGUUUCAUCUGCUAUUGAGUUUGUGAUUAAUCUAGUUGACCUAAGUUAUAGUAAAAAGCUUAGAUUAAAAGGGUAACUUCCAAUAUCGAUUU